AUGCUCCCCCGCAUCCUCCCAGGCCUGCUACCGCGCCGCCUCUUCUCCGUCUCUACCAGAAUGGCAUCCAUGACCCCGAUGGAGGAUGUCAUGCGCGACAAGCUUACCCACGCAUUCACCCCGUCCACCCUCCUCAUCCGCAACGACUCACAUAAGCACGCACACCACGCCGCAAUGGAAGGUUCGACUUCAAAAGAGACACACUUCCAUGUGACGAUUGUCUCCGACGCCUUCGAGUCGAAAAUGCAGCCGGCCCGACACCGGAUGGUGUAUGCUUUGUUGAAGGAGGAGAUGGCUAAGGAGGGUGGGAUUCAUGCGUUGCAGUUGAAGACGAAGACGCCUGCGGAGGAGGAGCGGGAGAAGGAGAGGAAUGCUUGA